AGCAGCAGCAGCAGGGCAGGCAGAGUGGCAGACCAGCCUACUUUAAUAGCUUGGUCAUGUGACUGGGGACAGUAGUAAGACAGGUGCCUUCAGCUGAGCCUCAGUAAGGGGCGAGUUGCCUGCAUGAGUGUGAGCUCUUGUGUCUGCCUGUGGAUUGUACUUCCAAAGCUUCACUGCCGUCAUUCAGGGACUGAAUGGCGUGGGACAUGUGCAACCAGGACUCUGUAUGGAGUGACAUAGAGUGUGCUGCUUUGGUUGGCGAAGACCAGCCCCUUUGCCCUGAUCUUCCUGAGCUGGAUCUUUCUGAACUUGAUGUCAAUGAUUUGGAUGCAGACAGCUUUUUGGGUGGAUUAAAGUGGUACAGUGACCAAUCAGAAAACAUUUCCAAUCAAUACAGCAACGAAUCAUCAAACAUAUUUGAGAAGAUAGAAGAGGAGAAUGAAGAAAACCUGCUAGCAGUUCUUACUGAGACACUGGACAGUCUCCCUGUGGAUGAGGAUGGAUUGCCUUCAUUUGAUGCACUGACAGAUGGAGAUGUGACCAGUGAACAUGAUCCCAGCCUUUCAUCUAUGCCUGACGGCACCCCUCCAACACAGGAGGCAGAAGAGCCGUCACUACUUAAAAAGCUCUUACUGGCUCCAGCUAACACUCAGCUGAUUUACAAUGAAUGCAUUGGACUCAGUGUGCACAACCAUGCAAGCCCCAAUCAGAGGAUCAGGACAAGCCCUGCUCCCGUCAAGAGCGAGAACUAUUGGAGUAAUAAACCCAGAAACAUUUGUCAACCGCAGAAGCCACAAAGGCGUCCCUGCUCCGAGCUCCUUAAGUACCUGACUGCAAAUGAUGACUCUCCUCAGACCAAAUCAACAGAGAGCAGGACGAACAACAGACUUGACAAAUGCACCAAAAAGAAGCCCUGCUUGCACCCUCAGCCACAUUUUCAAGCCAAGUCAACGAGUCUGUCACUUCCUCUGACACCCGAGUCACCAAAUGACCCCAAGGGUUCCCCAUUUGAGAGCAAGACUAUUGAACGAACCUUAAGUGUGGAGCUCUCUGGAACUGCAGGACUAACCCCACCAACAACCCCACCUCACAAGGCCAACCAAGAUAACCCAUUCAGGGCUUCUCCAAAGCCGAAGUCUUCUUUCAAGUCUGGUGUACCACCAGCUAAGAAAUCUCGAUACAUUGAGUCUUCCAGUAUCCAAGUCAUUAACUCAAAAAAAGGUCCUGAACAAUCUGAACUGUAUGCACAACUUAGCAAAACCUCUAUGGUCAUUGGACAAGAGGAGAAAAAGGUGAAGCGACCUAGUUUGCGGCUUUUUGGAGACCAUGACUAUUGUCAGUUUAUGAAUUCAAAGUCAGAAAUACACAUUAGCUUAUCACGAGAUUUACAGGCCUCAAGACAACUUGAAUGUAAGGAUUCUCUACCUGGGAAAAAAUCCCAAGUCUGUACAGUAAAGUAUCAAGAGGAAAGUCCAAAAGACAGUUUUGAGGGAACCAUGACAAGUUCUCAAAACUGUAAUCGCAAACCCCUGCAAGAUCAGGAAAUUCGCGCAGAACUCAAUAAGCACUUUGGUGACCCAACACAAGCCGUUUAUGAAGAAGAAAACAAAAACAGUGACCUGGGAAACAGUGGUUACAUUGAUGAUCAGUUCUCUAGACUACCUAUGUUUUUAACAUCUGGACUGGGUAUGGAUAGUUUGUUUGAUGACAGCGAGGAUGAGAAUGAUAAACUUUGUUAUUCUUGGGAUGGAAUGCAAUCCUAUACAUUAUUUGAUGUAUCACCUUCCUGUUCAUCCUUCAACUCUCCAAGCAGAUAUUCUGUAUCCCCACCAACAUCUUUAUUUUCACAAAGGAUUUAUUCUCGAUCAAGGUCUAGAUCUUUUCCACAGCACAGAUCAUGUUCACAGUCUCCAUAUUCACGUUCAAGAUCCAGAUCUCCAUCAAGCAGAUCUUCAUCAGGGUCUUACUGCUGUUAUGAAACAGAUCAUUGUAAACAGAGCAACUCUCCAGUAUAUGAACGAUCAAGAUCCAGGUCUCCAUACGGUCGUAGACCCAGAUAUGACAGUUAUGAGGAAUACCAACAUGAGUGCCUGAAGAGGGAAGAGUAUCGCAAGGAAUAUGAAAAGCGGGAGUCAGAACGAGCAAAACAGAGGGAACGGCAAAGGCAAAAAGCAAUUGAGGAGCACAGAGUUAUUUACAUUGGUAAGAUAAGAACUAGCAUGAGUCGUGCUGAACUCCGAGCUCGGUUUGAAGUUUUUGGUGAAAUUGAAGAAUGUACCGUCAAUCUGCGGGGUGAUGGAGACUGUUACGGUUUCAUCACCUACCGCUACACCUGUGAUGCUUUUGCUGCUCUUGAGAAUGGAUACACACUGCGCAGAGCUAAUGAACCCAACUUUGAGCUGUGCUUUUGUGAGAGAAAGCAGUUUUGCAAGUCCAACUAUGCAGAUUUAGAUUCAAAUUCAGAUGACUUCGAUCCUGCUUCCACCAAAAGCAAAUAUGACUCCAUGGAUUUUGACAGUUUGCUUAAAGAGGCUCAAAGAAGCCUGCGCAGGUAACAUGCAUCACCACCACGCCCAAUGGAAUGAUGGAGAAUACCUCACGGACAACUCGUCCUCCAAUAAGAGACUCUUGAAAGUCAAACUUAGGAAUUUCUCCUACUUUACACUCUCCGUUCUUCAAUGGUUUACAUGAACAUAGCUGCUGAAGACUAAAGAGGCAAUGGGAUUGUUAGACAAGUGCGGAAAGCCAUGGGUGUCAGAUGAUUCCUCACUUUCACAGUCACCGUUGUAUCACUCGAAUAAAGACGAGACAUGCUAUUCAUUGGAGAUGAAAGUGCCAGCCAACUGUGAAAACGUCUCCAUUCAAAACUGAUUAUUCUGGAAAAGAGAGAUCGCUAUUUAUUAAGGGAAUAUUGGAGGAUUUGUAAGCUGCUGAUGCUCAAAUGCAAUGCAAUCUUCACUUUGUCUAAUUUUGAUCAUCAUCCCAUAGGAAAGGAAAAAACAAAACAAAAAACAAACAAAACAUUGCAAUAUAGAUAACGCCUUAGUAACUUUUUUUUAUUGGGAAUCUUGAGAAGAAACCUAAAAAAAUGGCAUUUUUCAGCACACGCAAGUUUCCUUGCUCAACAUUAGUCUUGGAUUCUGACACCCAUGCAGUUGUCUACAAUGUUGUUCGUCGAUAUUGAAAGCCUUGUAUAUGGUCGAUUUCACAGCGUGUUCAGCAUUAUAUAUAUAUAAAUAUAUAUAAAUAUAUUUUAUUUUCUGAUGAGUGGAUGUGGUGUUACAUAAUAAACCAGAGCUGAGUAAAGCUAUCUGAAUCAGUGUCCAGGUAGUUUAUACCACUGCAUAGUGCUGGUCAAGUAUUUACAGAUGUUCCCCGUUCUUCUGCCGGGGAGAUGUGCAAGCGGACAUAUUGCCCGUGUCUCCUGCAGAGAAUGGCUUCUAUGGAGUAUUUUUAUUUUGUGUACAUAGAAUAUGACAAUGUUCUUUAUUUGUUACUGCUAUGCACUGUAAAUGCAGCCUUCUUUUCAAUACGGAGAAAAAAAAACUUUUCUUAAAAUCGAGACUAUUCAAAAUGUAACUAUAUAAGGUGAAAUACCUGUUGUAUACUAAUCUAUUUAGGAGCUGACUUUAUGCUUAUAUAUAUUUGAUUGUAAGAAGAAAAAAAAAUGACAUUGCGUGCGUGUUUUGAUUUAAAAAAAAAAUAUCCUUUUUUUUUGGGGUGCACAAUUAUCGCUUUAAGCACACUCAUGGCUAUUUUUUUAUUUUUUUUGUGAGCUUCCAUUAUAACUGUUUUGAGAAGGAUUACAUUGGCCUGGAAAGGCUUCUGUCGCAUGGAGAACACGUCUCAUCCUUCUGUGUAAGUGUCUUCAUCAGUUUAAGAUUUACCAUAUCAGAGUCUUGUUAACGUUUCGUAGUGAUUUAAAAAAAAA